CAGUUUUCAAUGAAAUACUGCAAAUGGCACAAAGUGUUUCUGAUAUAUUGCACUGGCCACCGAAGAUUCGCCUCAAAAAUUGUGCAGUCAAAUGAUCCGAACAAAUUCGUCGAUAUAUCACAUUUCACCGCAGAUAAGAUUCGUAAUUUUUGUAUAGUGGCUCAUGUUGAUCAUGGCAAAAGUACGUUGGCGGAUCGCUUUUUGGAGCUAACAGGAGUUGUUACUUCCACACAUCAGAACCAAAUACUCGAUAGACUUCAGGUUGAACGAGAACGCGGUAUUACAGUUAAGGCACAGACUUGCAGUAUGAUCUAUAAAGGUGUACAAGCUCAAACGAUCGCUAAUUUCUGGUUAGCAUUCGAGAAUAAUUUACCAGUCAUACCCGUCAUCAAUAAAAUUGACCUCAAGCAUGUUGAUAUUCCUCAAGUCGAAACUCAAAUGAAGAAUCUCUUCGAUUUCCAUUCAACUGAUAUUAUUCAUAUAUCAGCGAAAUCGGGUUUGAAUGUACCGACGGUUUUAGACGCCAUAAUUGAAAGGAUACCGUCACCGAAUGUAAAUGAGAGUGCACCAUUUCGUGGUAUUAUCUAUGACAAUUGGUUUGAUAAAUAUCGAGGAACGAUAGCAUGUAUUGUCGUUAAGCACGGAGCAGUGAGGCGUGGUGACACGAUAAAUUCAUUUCAUUCAAGCAGAAGCUACGAAGUUAGUGAAGUUGGCAUUAUGCAUCCACUGAUGGUGCCUGUUCAGCAGCUUAGCGCGGGUCAAGUUGGCUAUCUGAUAGCGAAUAUGAAAAGUGCUAAAGAGACACACGCUGGUGAUUUACUGUAUAGUGGUGAUAAAGUGGAUGGUGUUGGUGUUGGUGAGGACACAAAUAUGAAACAGUUUCAAAUCAGAACGUUUAAAGCAACAAAACCAACAGUUUAUGCUGGUUUAUAUCCACUUGAUGCGAGCGACUAUGAUUCAUUAAAACAAUCUAUCGAGCAAUUAUCACUGAAUGAUCCAUCUGCUGUCAUAAAUUCUGACUCAAGUAAUGCGUUAGGUUUGGGAUGGCGUAUUGGCUUUCUUGGAUUAUUACACAUGGAGGUUUUUAGUAGCAGACUGGAGCAGGAGUAUGGUGCAGAUGUGAUUCUUACGUCACCGAAUAUCGAGUAUCGUGCAAUAAUCAAAGACAACGAAACCAUUCGAAAGAGAAGGUACGAAGGAAAGGGUGAGAUUCGUAUAAUGGAUGCAUCGAAAUUUCCGAGUCCAAGUGAUGUUGAACGAUUUCUGGAGCCAAUGAUAACAUUAACCUUAGUGAUACGGAAUGAGCAUUUGGGUGUUGUGAACUCAAUAUGUACAAAUGCUCGCGGUCAGCGUCAAGAUAUGCAGUCAGUCGAUGACAAAACCAUUUCUUUGGUUUGGCGAAUACCAUUAUCGGAGGUUUUGGUGGAUUUUUUUGAAAGGUUGAAACGAAUCACUAGUCAGCAAUUACGUCUCAUUAGGAGUGUGUACUUGUUCUCUUUUCAAAACGACAGUGGUUAUGCGUCAUUUGAUUACGAACUAGACGGGUACGAUGAAGUAAAUUUAGUCAAAAUGAGUAUCUCAAUCAACGAUGUAAUCGUCAAUGAAUUUUCACAAGUUAUUCCCGCACCAAUGGCGAAAGAACGUGCUAAAUUAAUCGUUUCCAGCCUCAAAAAGGAAAUUCCACGUCAACAAUUCGAAGUGACUAUUCGUGCAAGAGUGGGAGAUUCGUCGAAGACCAUAACACAAGCGUAUAUUGCACCGAUUCGAAGGGAUUUCACUCAGUUGCUGAAAGGCAAUUUUGGAGGUGGUGGUAUGGAGCGAUUGCAGAAGAAACUUGCACAUCAAAAGAAGGGAAAGCAACGAAUGAAGACGAUUGGUCGCGUUCAAAUACCAAAACAAGCAUUCAUAAAUGUUCUUCGAAACUGA